GACUCGACUGUCUCCGAAGAAAGCCGAAACAUGUGGCCCCGCCCACCCCGACCCCAGCACUCGGUUCUCGACUAUCUCCGAAGUGAGCGGAAGUUUGUGGCCCCACCUCCAGUGAACUCAAACUCCCGACUGUGCCCGAAGGAACCCGAACGGAGACCCUCAUGUCUCCUGCUACGCUCCAGACCCCGCCUCCUUUCCGGAUCCUGUCUGUUCCUCUUCGGGCCCACAGCUUUUGGCUCCUCCUCGUUCCGAGCCCGAAGCCCCGCCCCUUCACGUACUCGGAGCUCGGAGCCCAUUGCAGACCCGGGCUCGAGUGCCGCUGCCGGCUCGCGCUCCUGGAGCCCGCUCCCGGGCUCCUUCCCCGCCGCCCGGGGCCCUGACCGUGGCCUCAUCCCCGGUCGGAUCCGCGGGGCUCGGCGGGCGCCCCGAAGGAGCAGGCGGCGCGGGGGCGCACUGGGCGGGGGAGGCGUGGCCGGAGCCGCGGCGGCUCGUGGACUGGGACUGCUCGGCCGCCUCCUCCCCGGCGGGCGGCUCAGACCAUGUCUCCUGAAGAAUGGACGUAUCUAGUGGUUCUUCUUAUCUCCAUCCCCAUCGGCUUCCUCUUUAAGAAAGCUGGUCCUGGGCUGAAGAGAUGGGGGGCAGCCGCUGUGGGCCUGGGGCUCACCCUCUUCACCUGUGGCCCCCACACUUUGCAUUCUCUGAUCACCAUCCUCGGGACCUGGGCCCUCAUUCAGGCCCAGCCCUGCUCCUGCCAUGCCCUGGCUCUGGCCUGGACUUUCUCCUAUCUCCUGUUCUUCCGAGCCCUCAGCCUGCUGGGCCUGCCUACUCCCACGCCCUUCACCAAUGCGGUCCAGCUGCUGCUGACGCUGAAGCUGGUGAGCCUGGCCAGUGAAGUCCAGGACCUGCAUCUGGCCCAGAGGAAGGAAAUGGCCACGGGCUUCAGCAAGGGGCCCACCCUGGGGCUGCUGCCCGACGUGCCCUCCUUGAUGGAGACGCUCAGCUACAGCUACUGCUACGUGGGAAUCAUGACCGGCCCGUUCUUCCGCUACCGCACCUACCUGGACUGGCUGGAGCAGCCCUUCCCGGGGGCCGUGCCCAGCCUGCGGCCCCUGCUGCGCCGCGCCUGGCCGGCCCCGCUCUUCGGCCUGCUGUUCCUGCUCUCCUCCCACCUCUUCCCGCUGGAGGCCGUGCGCGAGGACGCCUUCUACGCCCGCCCGCUGCCCGCCCGCCUGUUCUACAUGAUCCCCGUCUUCUUCGCCUUCCGCAUGCGCUUCUACGUGGCCUGGAUUGCCGCCGAGUGCGGCUGCAUUGCCGCCGGCUUCGGGGCCUACCCCGUGGCCGCCAAAGCCCGGGCCGGGGGCGGCCCCACCCUCCAAUGCCCACCCCCCAGCAGUCCGGAGAAGGCGGCUUCCCUGGAGUAUGACUAUGAGACCAUCCGUAACAUCGACUGCUACGGCACGGACUUCUGCGUGCGGGUGCGCGAUGGCAUGCGGUACUGGAACAUGACGGUGCAGUGGUGGCUGGCGCAGUACAUCUACAAGAGCGCGCCUGCCCGCUCCUAUGUGCUGCGGAGCGCAUGGACCAUGCUGCUGAGCGCCUACUGGCACGGCCUCCACCCGGGCUACUACCUGAGCUUCCUGACCAUCCCGCUGUGCCUGGCUGCAGAGGGCCGGCUGGAGUCAGCCCUUCGGGGGCAGCUGAGCCCAGCGGGGCAGAAGGCCUGGGACUGGGUGCACUGGUUCCUGAAGAUGCGCGCCUACGACUACAUGUGCAUGGGCUUCGUGCUGCUCUCCAUGACAGACACGCUUCGGUACUGGGCCUCCAUCUACUUCUGCAUCCACUUCCUGGCCCUGGCUGCCCUGGGGCUGGGGCUGGCGUUGGGUGGGGGCAGCCCUGGCCGGCGGAAGGCAGCCUCCCAGCCCGCCAGCCUCGCCCCGGAGAAGCUCCGGGAGGAGUAAGCUGCCGAGACGCUCCCUCUGCCAGCGGGGCCUGGGGACUCUGUGAACCAGGCUGCUGUCUCCUC